GAGUAAGAGACCAGGCGAAUGACUGUGCCUGGUGAUGCAUUGACCUGGGAGCUAGGCCCAGUGACUUGAGGCCCAGACACCAAUGCAGGGUGUCUGGGAGACACUGACCCAUAGGCGAAGCUGGUCCCAUCGCCUCCUCCGUCGGCCGACAUGGUCCUGGGUCUUCUGUCAGGGGUGCCUGUUAAACCCCUCUUGUGAUUCCAGGGCUUUUGUAAGGGAGUGCCUGUUUAACCCCUGUAGUUACCCUAUACCAAUUCUAAUUAACAGGUUUUAUAAACUUCUCAAGCAAAACCUUUUGUGCUCAUGUGACUUUUAAGCAUACAUACUCUUCCAUGUAGACAUGGCUAGAUUUUCAGUGUUCUCACUUAUCUCUUCUACAUGGCAUGACUGUAUGGGUUUACUCGCUGUCUGUGGCCUUGUAUUUCAGUCCAUCGCUUCGGCGGACAUGGACUUCAAUCAGUUGGAAGCCUUCCUGACAGCUCAGACCAAGAAGCAGGGAGGGGUGAGCGCUGAGCAGGCAGCUGUCCUGUCCAAGUUCUGGAAGAACCACAAGAGCAAGAUCCGCGAGAGCCUCAUCAGCCAGAGCCGCUGGGACAACAGCCUGCGCAACGUGAGCUGGAGAGUGGACCUGAAAACACAGAGUCGCCACGCCGACCAGGUCAGCGCCGCCGUUGGUGUGGUGGAGCUGGAGCUUGGAAAGACUGGAAAGGCUAGGUGAUGCUGUCACUGAUAACUCUCUUCAGCUGAAUGCUGGUCCUUUCCGCCAGAUCUGGAUGCACGCAGUAGAC